AUGCCUAAAUCUAUUAUAAAUUAUGAUUUAACUGGAAAAAAUAGAAUUUGCUUAAGUAAUGAUCAAGAUAUCCACCUUUUUAAAACUUGGCAAAUUACGAUAUUGACUCAAAAAAUGAUAUCUCAGAAUCAAGCUUUUAAUGAUUCUAAUAAAAAUUGCUUUGAUCAAUAUUACUCUAUUAUUGUUCUUGUGCCAACUGGUAUUGCUAUAUCAAAUAUAAACAGAUAUACUAUCCACUCUGCUUGUGGAUUUGGAAUUUAUGGAACUUGCAAUAAUAAUAACUUGACAGUUAUUAAAUCUUCCAACACAUCUGCUCCUUUUGCUAGACUGAACAUUCAUUUUUCUGAUGAUUUUAUGCAAUUAUCACUGGUUCUUGAUCCUGCAUUAUAUAUACCAAGUAAUGUUUCAAAAAUUAUUAAUUUAUCUGAGAAAUUUCAAGCUGCUAAUGAUAUAGAGCUAGAUUCAAAUUCUAAAAGACAUAAGCAUGCUUUAUAUAAGCCUUUAAUUAAUAAUCAUUCAUUGAUGAAUACUAUAGGAAGAAAUUUAUGGCUUAAU